AUGGGUGCCUCCACCUACAUCCGUAUCCACGGGGACUGCCAGAAGGUGCUCCAGUACCCUCUCCUCUUCGGCGGUCUCUUCAUAUUCGUUGUUUCCACCCUCGGCCUCAUCGGCGCGCUGUGCAGCAUCAAUGCCGCCAUCUACCUCUACCUCCUCGUCACAUUCUUCGUCGUCUUAGCCUUCUCCGCCUUCACCAUUGUAGCGCUCUUCGUCACCAGAAACAACACGCCGUCAUGUGGUGUAUAGCGUAGCCGUGUAGGGGAUUUCUCGCCGUGGCUGCAGCACUACGUCACUGACGAGCGGAACUGGGACGUGGCCAAGAGUUGCUUGCUGCAUAAGCUUGUCUGUCACGACGGUAACAAUGUGUCUCUUGCUUUCAAACAAUUGUCUACCACGCAGUUUGGGUGCUGUAAGCCACCGUUGCAAUGUGGAUUCACAAAGAAGAACGCUACGUUCUGGGAAGCGCCGGCAAAAGCAAGUACCGCGGCGAACAACACUAAUUGCAGAACAUGGAGCAACAGACAAGACAAACUGUGUUUCAACUGCGAUUCGUGCAAAGGAGGAGUGCUGGCCAACAUCAGAAGCCAGUGGAGACAUCUCACUAUAUUCAAUGCAUGCGUGCUCGUGCUCGUCACCACCAUCUACGUCUUGGGCUACUAUGCCAUCAGGAACAAUCGCUUGGAUAGUAGAGCAAAUAUGAGAAAUUAA